GACUGAAUCUCUUUCAAACCAGCUUGUCGUUCCGCUUCUGAAAGAACGAUAACGGGCAACCCAUAGAGGCCUGUCCUACUCCCCAUACGGCGAUGUCAGACCAACACCAGGCAGGGGCCGCUGGAGGAUUCUUUCCUCCCGCAUCUUUGCCCUCGCCUGCGCCCAGUACAGCUUCCAGUCGAUCAACAUCCUUAUUGCCACAUCCACGAGCUCGCCCACUGCCAUCGGGCUCCACCAAGGAAGCGACGGUGAGGAGGUAUGUCGAGGAACGCAUGACAGUCGUCGCUCGACGCUAUGUAAAGAAAUUCAGUGCCCCAGACCCCGGCGACGGAUUCGUGGGCUACGCGGGGUUCAGCGAGCUGUGCAAGGAUCUACAAAGCAUCAUCGAUGUUCUCUGGUUAUCCGGAACACCAAGUUUGCAAAUACCUUUUCUACUCAACGUGGCAAGCGAAUUCACUAGGUACAUUGUGUCGUUUCCUCCCUCGCCAAGGGCUACUUUUGUCAUUUUGCGAAAACUUGACAAAUGUUUUGCAAGUCUCUUAUGCGGGCAGGACAUCGAUACGAAAGAACCUCUGCCAGGUUUCGAGAACGGGCUUCGGGCUGGCAUGACCACUACCGACAUGGUGCGAUGCCGGAGUCUCGUGGAACAAUCUCGUAUCCUCGUAAUGGAGGUUCUCAGUUCCAAUACGGAGGAGACCGAUGAUGCUGAUCUUGACGAUGGCGGGGAAAGUGACACUGAUAACGAUCGCGAUGCUCUUUCCGUGGCGAACCUUGGUACGGGGCAGGGCUCUACCGCCUGGGUCGAAGACGAUGAAGCCCGGUUGAGCAUGGAUGUCGUUCGCGUGUACGAAAAUACCAUCGUGCAGCUUGGCAAUCGGCUAGGUGAUACCCUCGGCGGCAAAAUUCAGAUUGGCAUUGGCGCGGAAGACCAUCCCAGGCCGGAUAACUGA